CGACUAAAGGGAAACGAAACAGUACCAGCAAAAUCAAAAACUUUGCGUAAGACUUUGAAAUAGGAAGAUAAAGGCGACUCCGUUGUCGACUAAAAUAGAGGCGCGAGAAUAAAUACCUGACAAUUCAGGUGGAAUAGCGGAUCGUAUCGCAACAAAAAUAUGUCGAGGAAGAACCUCCACUUCUUCAUUGGAUUCCUUGUGUGCCUGGCAAUCAAAGGUAAUURCCAUGUGGUCGGAUUUUCCACAACAACGUUAUCUCCUUUGCWACCAAAAACAAUAAUGCCGUCAUCGAAGAAAACCACAAUACGAAUCGUCCCCGACGAGCGCUCUGUUUUGUCACAACUAUUUUUGAGUAGCAAAGAAGACACGGUGUCCACUCCAUCCGAUUCUAACAGAAACAGUUCGAAUGAAACGACCCUUCCUUCCGAGUAUUUCGAACCUUCCGCGUCACCUGCGAUCCGCGAUUCUGCUGCAACCAGGGAAACGGAAGCCGGAGGCAUCCGAGAAAUGCUCAAAAACAGUGUUUUUCUGGGCAUCGAUCCGACACCGGAUGUGGUGGCGAUUGCCACCAUCUACUUUGUAGAAGGGGCUCUGGGCUUGGCACGAUUGGCCCAAAAAUUUUUGCUGAAGAAUGAGCUCCACCUGGGUCCGGCGGAGCUGAGCGCGCUGACGGGAGUUUUUACGCUCCCCUGGACAAUAAAACCGCUCUACGGAUUCCUGUCAGAUGGCUUCCCCCUCUUUGGCUACCGGAGGCGCUCUUACCUGGUCCUGGCAGGCAUGACGGGGUGUCUCUCGUAUUCUGCUGUCGGCAGCAACUUCUGGGGCUUAUUGGGAGACGAGAUCUCCCUGACCACCACCGUAGCGGCCCUGGUUGUCAGCAGCGCCUGUAUCGCGGUCAGCGACGUGGUGGCCGACGGAAUCGUCGUCCAAAAGACGCGGGAAUCGGCCGACACCGAUCCCGCCCUGGCCGGGGGAUUGCAGAGUUUGUGCUGGGGGAGUGCUGCCUUGGGUGGAUUGCUCUCGGCUUACUUUUCUGGUUCGCUGCUGGAAGUCAUGAAGCCCCAGGASGUCUUUGCCCUCACGGCUGCUCUUCCCUUUUUGGUAGCCACGAUUGGCCUGUUGAUCGAUGAAGAACGUGUGUCGGAGAGCACUUCUUCAGUCACCUCAAACAAUGAUGCAGUGGCAACGAUAGAUGGURUCAAUCACAAUGAUCCUUUUGCGGGUGUCAARUCACAGAUCAGCYYUCUUGUGGAAGCCAUCAAAAAACCAGAAAUCUACAAACCGGCAGCGUUCAUCUUYUUGUGGAGGUCGACACCGACGAGUGAGGGUGCAAUGCUGUUCUUUCUGACGGACGACUUAGGAUUCGGUCCCGAAAUCCUUGGAAGAGUUAGUUUCAUCGCUGCUGUUUCUUCUCUCUUCGGGGUUUUGCUCUACAACAACUACCUAAAAAGCAAAAGURUCAAGGACAUUUUGUUUUGGUCAACCAUCGUUUCCUUUCCCCUCGGGCUGUUGGAUCURGUUUUGAUCAGCCAUGCCAAUCGAGCCGUUGGAAUCCCCGACACCUGGUUCGUCUUUGGGGACGACGUGGUUCUGAGUGUCCUUGGGGAGAUCGCCUUUCUUCCUACCCUAGUACUGGCCGCCCGCUUGUGCCCGAAGGGAGUAGAGGCCGUCCUGUUUGCCACCCUCAUGUCUAUCAACAACGGUGCGGGCACGCUGGGAACGGAGGUCGGGGCUUUCCUGACGAAAGCUCUGGGGGUGACUGAGAGCAAUUUUGACAACCUGGGACUCCUGAGCUUUGUGUGCAAUCUGACGUCUCUCUAUCCCCUUCUCUUUAUCGGUUGGCUGGACGGUGUGGGCUCCGUCUCGGAACAAGAGAUCGAAGAGGAAGCAGCUGCCGCAGCGGUGGGUGCCAUCGAUACCGAUGCGGUCUGAGUGCGGUAUAAGGUACAGCAUAGUAUUCUUUUUGUUGAAUUGCUGUCCGAUUUACAGGUAGAGAAGAUAAGAUCGUGAUCCAAACCGUAAACCGUAUGGUGUUUCUUUCUCUUUCUUCGAAUACUAGACUGAAAGUGUCUGGUGUCGACAAGUACUAUAAAUUUUACUCUGAGCG